UUCAGAAGUAGCUGAAGGCCAUAUUGUAUUGCAUACGAGUCAAUAUAUAACCCUAGUAGAAGAACAAACUCUCUAGAAAGACAAACUAGAAGCAAAUGGAAGGUACAAAAAGCGAGUCAUACUUUGUUUUCAUGAACUAUGAUCCUCAGUACGAACGCCUUCGAGCUGAUCGAACAAAGAGAGGAGCAAAUGAGCUAGAUUUGUACCUAAGCCGGAAGCAUGACCAGUUGUUGGCAAGAACCCUUGAGCCAGGAAGCUAUAAGAAGACAUUGUCUCUCGUCAUUGUUGAUGGGUUUUCUGUGGAAAUUACUGAGGACCAGGCCAGUGUGCUUAGAUCUGCAAAAGAAGUGAGACUAGUGGAGAAAAAUCAAGAGCUUGCUUAAUGUAGCAGAAAGAGAAGAUCAGGUUUAGCGAGUGCGAACGGGAAAUGAGUUAGUACGGGAGCUUCUGUGGCUGUAUGUUAAUUGGGGUGUGAUUAUGGGUUAACUAAAAUAAUUAAAUAGUAAUAUUGCUGGUAAAAAUCUAGGUAGAUUUGUUUGAGAACUCGACCAUUUUACGGAUGCUAGUAAUAUCACCUAUUUAGUUGUA